AUGGCAGUUUGGUACUUCGAGUAUGCCAAUUUGAAUGCCAACGGAAGCAGGCCCAUGGGAAUUACAGUGUGGGCCAUAAGCUUGAGCACUGUGAAAAAGACAAUGUCACGACUUCUACUGCUAAUUGUGUCAAUGGGGUAUGGUGUGGUGAGGUCCAUCAUUGGAGGUAGUGAGAUGAGCUCGAAGUCGAGGAUGAUGAUUGUUGCUAUACUCUACAUUGUGGACUCUGAGGCUCUCCUUCUUAUCGAGCAUUUGAGCAACAUUAAUGACUUUUUCGGCAAUGCUAAGCUUCUUGUUGUGCUGUUGUUUGCCUUGAUUCCUGCUUUAUUUUCUAGAUCUUCUCUUCUUUGUCUAGCACCCUCGCGAAGCUACAGUGGCUCCUACAUAGUCGAUGCAGCAGCUACAAACUACAAACUCCCUUACCUGAGGUUUUUCAGCAGUUCGCCAUCUUUUUUCAACAGUUUUUUGGCAGUUGAUUACUCUUCCGGCAGUUCCGUUUGCGCUUCUUUCAAACAGCGGCAGCUCUGUUUGCGCUUCCUUCAGACAGUAGUAGUUCCAUCUGUGCUUUCUUCUAUCAGUUUUGUCUGUGCUUUCUUCAGACAGCGGCAGUUCCGUCUGCGCUUCCUUCAUACAUCGGCAGUUCAAUCUAACAUCAAUAGUGUUGGUUCAGUGGAGUUGCUCAUUUUGAUUCACUUGAUUCACAUGAUUGACAUUUGGUUCAGUGGUAUUGGUCAUUUUGGUUCACCUGAUUGUUAUGUGUUCAGUUGA